GUUCCCCACCUGGCUUGGUACCACCCAUUUGGUCUCCGUCAAAGCCUUGAUCCUCGUAGACUGCAAUUCAUGUGUGGAUCUUCCCCCACUCGGCCAACUACCAAACCUAAAAUAUCUAAGAAUUGGUGGAGCAGCAGCAGUUACCAAGAUUGGGCCCGAAUUCAUGGCCUGCAGGGGGGAUAACCAUAGAUCCACGGUGGCAAUUGCUUUCCCCAAGCUUGAAUCGUUGGUCAUCAGGGAUAUGCCCAACUGGGAGGAGUGGUCCUUUGUUGAAGAAGGAGAUGCAGCGGCAGCAACUAUGGAAGGGGAAGAGGACGGAUCUGCUGAGAUUCGGAAAGGGGAAUCCCUCUCUCCAUGGUUGCAGGUGCUGCCACGCUUGAAGACGUUGGAACUUUUGGACUGCCCCAAGCGGAGAGCUCUCCCACGGCAGCUUUGACAGGAGGCCACCGGCUUGGAAGUUCUCGAAUUAACGAGGACAGGCAGCUUGAAGGCGGUGGAGGACCUCCCAUUCCUCUCUGAGAAGCUUGGGAUCCUGGGUUGUGAGUGUCUGGAGAGGGUCUCAAACCUCAAUCAAGUGAAAGAGCUGCGCCUGAGUGGUUGCCCAGGCUUGAUGUGCGUUGAGGGGCUUGGAGGCUUGCAGCAGCUGUGGUUGGGCGAGGAUAUGGAGACUCCGAUAUGGAUGCCAGAGCUUCAACAACAGAGCCAUCAGCUUGAUUGUGAAGAUCUGGACGUCUACACAUGGGUUUAUUAUGUGCCUAAUUACGUGGCAUCUAAACAUACAAGCUUGUUAACUGCAAGGGGCUCGUGGAAUUGCAAUUUGGUGAUGGGCCCAUGGGCGAAGCAACACUAGCAUAUGUAGCUUUCUGUGUGGAAAAUUGGAAAAGAAAAAACCCAAGAAAUAACUGAAAAAUAAAAUCACAAAAAAAAGGAAAAUCCAAAAAAAUGAGGAAAAUGAAAAUCACCCAAAAAAGAAAAUUAAAAUGUAGAGUGUGAUUUUUUGUUUGUUUGUAAUGUUGGUUAGUUGUGUGAAAACAUGUACGGGUGUUUUAUAGAGUAGGUAACUCUGCCUAUGUCACAACAAGUGUAAUACUCGAGUUACAUAGCCGGUUCCAAGCCCGGAGAAAGGAGGGAGUAGUACCACCAAUUCUGUGACUUCUGUCACAAUGCCAUGCAAGAGUAUCUUCAAUUUGUUCAAGUUUCAGAUGCUGCUGCAAGCCUGAAACAGAGAAUAUUUCUUGUUUGCGACGACGCUUCAAGAGGUUUCUACAAGCAUAAGUUUUCUCCUUUGUUGAGUGGUCAUGCUUAAGCCCUGUCACUCAUGGUUGGUCUCUGACUUAAUUUGUGAUUACACUAAUCGAUUUGUGAGGUGCCUUUGCCUCCGAAUCUCCUCAGUUGUGCGUGGGUCUGAGCUGCAUGACACUUGCUGUUUUUUGAGGACGUCUGAUCAGAAUUCAAGUUGGUGACUGCUUGUGAUGAUACAUGACAAAAAUUUUAGCCUGUCUGUAAAACUAUUAGUGUUGAAUGUGAUGGGUGUGAUUUAAAAAAAGUGCGUAGCGUGUCAAAUUUUUAGCUGCAACCGCUGCUGUUUUGUCAAGGGUUCAUCUUCUGAAGAUGAACUUGCCUGUAAUUAUUCUUGCGUCGAUCUAUAGUAUGUUUUCACAUUCUGGAGGUGCAGAGAUUUGUGCUACUAUUUUCUAUUGCAAGAUGUAUUUUUUCUCGAUGUAAAAAUAUGCUCUCUUAUUUGUUUGUUUGUUUGAGGGGUCUUAAAACUAUGCUCUUUCUUUGGUAGCUUCAAAAGUUUCAGAGGAGGAGAGGCAAAUUGUGAAACUAGAUGGAAAAUGCAAAAUCGUUCUUUGGGAGGAGGGAAACCAUACUGCCCAAGGCCCAUGGGCUUAGGAGAUACGACAGGCCUUGUGAUCAGUACGAGGCCCAAACAAGCUUCUUCUCCGUUGCUCCACUUCCACUCCAUGUCCGUCCUUACUCCCUCUGGCCGCUGCAACCCUUGGCCGGCAUCAAUGGAGCCAAACGCCCUCGGCGACCUCUGCUGGUCUCGACCCCCUUUCGAUUCGAAACACCCCCAUCCAUUCACAGGAUCCAGUGAGGGGAGCCACGCCCACACCACGAUGGGGAAUUCCAAUCCCCAAUCUAGUCCAGUCCAGGGUUGGUCCGAGGUCAGGAUUAAUUCGCGGGCGAUUAAGCUCUUCGUGUUCGUGGUGUAGCGGUGUGGAUCUGAGGUUUUUCUCGUAAUUGAUGACUUAUCGGACGAUCCAUGCAUCUGCUGUUAUCUGUAAUAUACAGUGUGCUCAAUCGGUUAUUUGUAUUCAGCAUGUCCAGAUCUUAAAGUGCUCUAAUGUCCAGAUCUUAUGUUGACUUUUACUGUCGAUCGUUUCUUUGUUGCUGAGCUGGAAGAUCAUUCUGCUAGCCUGCUAAUUGCCACUCUGCCAGAUAAACCUCUUCGUAUUUUUGGUGGAUCUUGCUCAUCAAGUUGCCUGAUGGCAAUCAUACUAGAUUCUCUUGUCCGAUCAUGUGUUAAGAAGUUGCAAGACAUCAUUACAGAGGAGGCAAUUCUGAUUCUAGGGGUAGAAAAAGACCUCAGGGAGCUACAACAAACAAUGAACCAAAUACAACUUUUUCUUAAUGACGCCGAGCAAAGAAGGACAGAAGAGUCAGCAGUUAAAAGUUGGCUUGGUAAGCUGAAAGAUGCUAUGUAUGAUGCUGAUAAUAUUAUCGACUUGGCAAGAUUUGAAGGAGGCAAGCUUCUAGCAGAAAGUCCUUCAUCCUCAAAAAUGUCAACAACAUGUAACGGCAUUUCAUUUUUCAGUUGCAUUCCUAAUAUUCAGAGGCGUCACAAGAUUGCUGUUAAAAUCAGAAGUUUCAAUGUGGAACUUGAGAAGGUUUCAAAGUUGGGUGAAAGAUUUUUAAAGCUUCAGAUUAUGCAACCUAAACAGGAAGUUCGAGCAACCAAGCAGAUGAAAACAUGUUCUCUUGUGGAGCCCAAUCUUGUGGGAAAGGAAACUUUACAUGCUUGCUCAAGGUUGGUUGAACUGGUGCUUGCCCACAAGAAUAGUAAGGCCUAUAAGCUUGGUGUUGUUGGGACAGGAGGGGUUGGAAAGACAACUCUAGCCCAAAAAAUAUAUAAUGACCGUAAGAUAAAAGGAGCUUUUAGUAACCAAGCAUGGAUUUGUGUUUCCCAGGAGUACUCUGAAGUUGCUCUUUUGAAAGAAGUUCUUCGGAAUUUGGGGGUAAAUCAAGAGCAAGGCGAAACUGUGGGAGAACUCAGCAGCAAGCUUGCAGCAGCCACUCAAGGGAAAAGUUUCUUCCUUGUGUUGGACGAUGUUUGGCAUCCUGAGGUAUGGACCAAUCUACUAAGAACUCCAUUACAUGCUGCUGCUGCCGGAGUAAUUCUAGUAACAACUCGACAUGAUACAGUUGCACAAUCAAUUGGAGCAGAAGAUAUGCACCGAGUUAAGUUGAUGCCAGCAGAUGUGGGAUGGGAGCUACUUUUGAAGAGUAUGAACAUUAAUGAAGAAAAAGAUGUACAAAACUUAAAGGGUAUUGGGAUGAACAUUAUUCAUAAAUGUGGUGGACUUCCUCUUGCAAUUAAGCUUAUUGGCAGUGUUCUAGCAACUAAAGAGAAAACUGAGAAUGAGUGGAGGAGGCUUUUAAAUAGAAGUGCUUGGUCUAAGAGGAAUCUUCCUACCGAACUCAGAGGUGCUUUUUAUUUAAGUUAUGACGAUCUACAGCAACAUUUGAAGCAAUGCUUCCUCUAUUGCGCUUUAUAUCCAGAAGAUUGGAACAUGUUUCGUGAUGACCUUAUCAGGCGCUGGAUUGCCGAAGGCUUUGUAGAAAAGCAAGAAGAAGAACUUUUAGAAGAUACUGCUAAAGACUACUACUAUGAGUUACUAUAUAGGAAUCUCCUUCAACCAGACCCUUUACCUUUUGACCGUAGUAAGUGCAAAAUGCACGACCUUUUAAGGCAGCUUGCUCAACAUUUAUCUGGAGAAGAAAGUUUUUGUGGAGACCCACAUUCAUUGGGGCCUAAAACUUUGUGUAAACUUCGACACAUUUCAGUUAUUACUGACAAGGCUCUAAUCCUCCCUACUGUUAGAAAUGAACAUAUUAAAGCAAGGACAGUAAGUAUUCAUUGUAAGUCGCUGAGGGUUGAAAAUACAAUUUUCAGGAGACUUCCAUGCAUUCGAGUUUUGGAUCUGAGCUGCUCAUCUAUACAAACCAUUCCAAAGUGCAUUGGAAGCUUGAUCCAUCUAAGGUUACUUGAUCUUGAUGAUUCAGAUGUAUCUUGUCUUCCAGAGUCCAUUGGCUCUCUCAUGAACCUCCAGACACUGAACUUGCAAAGGUGCAAAUCUCUACACAGUCUUCCUUUGGCUAUCACGCUGUUAUGCAAUUUAAGGCGUCUUGGUCUGGCUGGUACACCAAUAAAUCAGGUUCCAAAAGGGAUAGGCAGAUUGGAAUUGCUCAAUGACUUGGAAGGAUUUCUGGUUGGUGGUGGAAGUGAGAAUGGUAAUAUACAAGAUGGAUGGAAGUUUGAAGAGUUGGGGCAUCUCUCACAACUAAGACGGCUUGAUAUGAUUAAACUGGAAAGAGCAUCUCCUUGGAGCACAGAUUCACUGCUAGUAGAUAAAAGGCAUCUCAAACUUUUGUAUCUAUCAUGCACUCUACAAAGAGAUGAACCAUAUUCGGAAGAAGACGUUGGCAAUGUUGAGAAGAUCUUUGAGCAGAUAAUCCCGCCAUGCAACCUGGAAGAUCUAGUUAUUAGGGCAUUCUUUGGUCAGAGGAAUCCCACGUGGCUAAGUAUUUCUCAGUUGCCCUCACUAAAGCACUUGAACCUUGAAAAUUUUGUAUCAUGUGUGCAUCUUCCAGCAAUUGGACAGCUGCCCAACUUGAAAUUCUUGAAAAUUAAGGGAGCAAAUGCAGUUACAAAGAUUGGACCCGAAUUUAUUGGCCACAGUAAACACACAGGUGCAGUUGCUUUCCCAAAGCUUGAAAUGUUGUUCUUCGAGGAUAUGCCAAACUGGGAGGAGUGGUCCUUUUUUGAAGAAGAAAAUGAACACAUGACUCGCAGUUUGUGCAUCUGGGACGAGUGGUCCUUACCUGAAGUUACAGAAGGGAAAGAGGAUGGAGAAGUUGUGAUGCAAAAAGGGAAAUCCAUCCAGUCUCCAGUUUCACAUCUGCUGCCACGUCUGAAUAAGUUGGUACUCGUAAACUGCUCCAAGCUGAAAGCUCUCCCACAACAGCUUGGACAAGAGGCCAGAUGCUUAAAAGUGCUCCAGUUAAGAGGUGCAAGCUGCUUGAAGGUAGUUGAAGACCUCGCUUUCCUCUCCGAGUUGCUUCUAAUCCAGAGAUGCCAAGUCCUGGAGAGAGUCUCAAAUCUUCCACACGUGAGAAAGUUGCACUUGGAGGAUUGUCCCAAUUUGUGGUGUCUUGGAGAGGUGCGCAGUUUGGAGGAGAUUAAGUUAUACAAAGGUAUGCAAGAUGUCUUUGAGAUUUGGAUGCCAGGGCUUAUGCUGCACCGCCAAGUACUUCAUGGCGAUCAAUUGGAUAUCUACGCAUGUGUCUAAGAGAGUUGCAUUCGCAAUUAUAUGGCAUCUUAAGGUACGUGACAUUAACUAGGCAUCUGGAUUUUACAUACGGUUGAUCUGCUUGGAUUCCCAUUAACCAUGCUCUAUUUUAACAUAAUGUUUGGGGCGCAAGUACCACUACUCGCCGGAAUCUAUGAAUUUGUGGAGAACUGAUUACGAAGGAACUGCACUAGAAGCACCACACUUGUAUAACACAUAUGUGCUGUACACACUGUUUAUCUGGAAACUGUCGACCACUUCAGAGGAUAAGUGUGAGUAGCAAUUAAUGAUUGUACAUCUGCUAGGACUUAGUGACUAAAUGACCUUUUAGUUUAGGGUUCUCAAAAGAAAGUGCAGUACCUCGAGUUUCCAGUGUGAAUCAUGAGACCCCAAGCUGUUGCUAUGACCAGGAUUGGUCUGCAUUAGGAUUAGAGUAAUAUGCAAGAGCAAGCUCAUGUGGUCCACGAUCUCCCACUUUCCACUACUUUACCUUGAACUAUGGAAUAUUUUGCCUAUUGGAAUUGGUGCUACCCAUGAAUAGAUUUAGUACUGGUAUUUUUCCUAAGCAUUGUUGUCGGGUUGUAAUAUAUAUGUUAUUCAAAAGCAAAAGCAUGUGAGUACUAGUAGUAUAUGCCUCGAGAUUCCACAGGGAGGGCAUGUGAGUUUUUUCAGACCAGUGUAAUGCAUUGAUAUCCACAGUCCACUUAGAUAACUAUAUUCGGCAGCCAAGCUUAGUAGUUGCUAAUCUAUUCACUGGAUGAACGCUCCUAGGUAACUUACAUCGUUGCCAAUAAGGCAGCCAAUGGGCAGCACGUUAAUUUCUGCCACAAGCUAGUCUCAACACCAUCAAAAUCAUUCCAGCAACAAAAUCUGUGUAAUUGGCACUCUAACCAUCAUAGCCGUCUGCUUAAUUUGCCUCCAUAUGUUUCGAACCAGACUAUAUGUAAGUAAGAUAUUCAUCUCUGCAAAGUCAUCCUAUCUGAAUCAGGUUUCUUCUCUACUUUACCUUGAACUAACCAUCAGUUGUAUCAGGAUUUUCAGUUCAUUUUGCGGUACUUUUACAUUUUACCUGACUUGAGUUUUCUGAUUUUUGCAGUUUAUGUUUGGACGAGUAUCAAAUUGCGUGUUACUUUAUGGUUUCACACAUGAAUCUCAAGGUGCUGAUACUGACGAAUUCUCCUAAAGCAGCGUUGGUACUUGCAAAUUAAUGGUUUCAUCAGAGCAGAGCCAACACUCCAACAGCAUCAUAUGAGGAUUUUUUUUAUUGGCGACUUUGUAGAUUGUGCUAUCUAGUUUACAUAUUUUUGCAGCCAAGUGAAAGCCUUGAGCUUGUUAUGAACUGGAAGUUACUUUUUGAUGACCCGACAGCUCACGUAUAGGCUGACCGACUGACCUGCUCACGAGCUGAACAUUGUUUCCAACUCCAUAAUGUCAUGUACACACGACCUGUCCUACUUGAUUAUGAACUAUCACCAAACUUGUUUUUCGUUUAA